AUGGGAACAUAUUUCACCUUACUGAAUGCUUUGGCAGAGGACGGGAGACUUGAGGAGGCUGAAGAGCUCUGGGCCAAACGGUUUUCUGAUGAUUUAGAAAGCACCCCGCGCAUUUUCUUUGAUAAAAUGAUUUCAAUUUAUUACCACAAGGAAAUGCAUGAUAAAUUGUUUGAGUUGGGCAUGUUGGACAAGUACGACAAAUUAAAGAAGAAAUAUCCACCUCCGAAAUGGGAAUAUCGGUACAUCAAAGGAAAGCAUGUCAGAAUUCAAGUAAAGCCGGUACAGGAAUUUGAUAAAACUGCCAAAAGCAUCACUGAGGACAAGGAAACUGAAGAGAUUUCGAGCAUGAGCAAGUAG